GAUAAACAAAAAGCGCAUGCGCUUAGGGAGCCUGAGUGAUAGGACAAUAAUGGCUCAUCGGCUGGCGGCGGCGGUUUUAUCGCCCCCUUUGGCCGCCUUGUGGAGAGGCCACAGCCACGGACUUGCGAAGUUGGUACCGGUCCGGCAGUGGUGUGAGAGAGUCCAUCCAGGAUGUGGCAUGUCCUUCCAUCACUGGCUGUGCUCCAAGCCUGAAGGCUUUGAGAAGAAAGAUGAAAAGAGACAGGGUCCAACAGAGGCAGCCCCUGAUAAUAAAGAGCCUGUUGGCUCCAAAAAUCCCAGUCUUUCCAAAAAUACAUGGGGAAGCAGUGGUGGAGAAGGCAAGAGAGGACGGAAAGAUGAGGAUUUGGGGUGGUGGAAUCACAUGCAGAAGGGAGAGUUCCCUUGGGAUAAUAAGGACUCCCGGUACCUGAUUGUCAUGGGAGCUGGCAUCCUCACAGGGUUCUUCUACCUCUACUACCGAGAUCCAGGCAGAGAAAUCAGCUGGAAGCACUUUGUGCAUUACUACCUGGCCAAAGGACUGGUGGAUCGACUGGAAGUGGUGAACAAGCAGUUUGUCCGGGUGUUCCCAAUCCCUGGCGCCACCUCAGAGAAGCACAUCUGGUUCAAUAUUGGCAGUGUGGAUACCUUUGAACGAAACCUAGAGGCUGCUCAGCUGGAGCUGGGGAUCAGCAGCGCCCAACAAGUCUCUGUGGUCUACAGCACCGAGAGUGAUGGCUCCUUUCUCCUGAGCAUGGUGCCUAGCCUUCUGCUGUUGGGCUUCCUGCUGUUCACUCUGAGACGUGGACCAAUGGGAAGUGGGCGCGGAGGGCGAGGAGGCGGGAUCUUCAGUGUUGCAGAGACGACAGCAAAAGUCCUGAAGGACAACAUUGAAGUGCAGUUCAAGGAUGUGGCCGGCUGCGAAGAGGCCAAGCUGGAGAUCAUGGAGUUUGUGAAUUUCCUGAAGAAUCCGAAGCAGUACCAAGAUCUUGGGGCCAAGAUUCCAAAGGGAGCGAUGCUCACGGGGCCCCCGGGCACAGGCAAAACCCUCUUGGCCAAAGCUACUGCGGGAGAAGCCAACGUCCCUUUCAUCACUGUGAACGGCUCUGAGUUCCUGGAAAUGUUUGUCGGAGUUGGGCCUGCAAGGGUUCGGGAUAUGUUUGCCUUGGCACGGAAGAAUGCCCCUUGCAUCCUCUUCAUUGAUGAGAUUGAUGCCGUCGGGAGGAAGCGGGGCCACGGGAACUUCGGGGGCCAGAGCGAGCAGGAGAACACACUCAACCAGCUGCUGGUAGAGAUGGAUGGGUUCAACAGCAGCACAAACGUCGUAGUGCUUGCAGGCACAAACCGACCCGAUGUCUUGGACCCGGCGCUGACGAGACCUGGACGCUUUGAUCGGCAGAUUUAUAUUGGCCCACCGGACAUCAAAGGCAGAGCAUCCAUCUUCAAAGUCCACCUCCGGCCUCUCAAACUGGAUGCAGAUAUCAGCAGAGAUACUCUGGCUCGGAAGAUGGCAGCCCGGACCCCAGGAUUCACAGGUGCCGAUAUCUCCAACGUUUGCAAUGAGGCUGCCCUCAUUGCCGCACGACAUGCCAGUCCCACUGUGAACGAGAAGCACUUUGAACAGGCCAUUGAGAGAGUCAUUGGGGGGCUUGAGAAGAAGACCCAGGUCCUGCAGCCAAAUGAGAAGACCGUAGUGGCUUACCAUGAAGCUGGGCACGCUGUGGUGGGCUGGUUCUUAAAGCACGCCGACCCUUUGCUCAAGGUCUCCAUCAUCCCCCGGGGCAAGGGCCUGGGCUAUGCGCAGUACCUGCCCCAGGAGCAGUUUCUCUACACCCGGGAGCAGCUCUUCGACCGCAUGUGCAUGAUGCUGGGGGGCCGCGUUGCUGAGCAGCUCUUCUUUGGCCGCAUCACAACUGGCGCCCAGGAUGAUCUCCGGAAGGUGACGCAGAGCGCCUAUGCCCAGGUGGUGCAGUUUGGCAUGAGUGACAAGCUGGGUCAGCUCUCCUUUGACCUUCCGCGGCAGGGUGAUCUGAUGCCUGAGAAGCCUUACAGCGAAGCCACCGCUGAGCUGAUUGACGAAGAGGUGCGUGCCUUGAUCAACACGGCCUAUGAGAAGACCCUGGAGCUGCUGACUCAGUGCCGUGGCCACGUGGAGAAGGUAGGAAAGCGUCUCCUAGAGAAGGAAGUCCUGGAGAAGGCAGACAUGGUGGAGCUGUUGGGGCCCAGGCCCUUUGCAGAGAAAUCCACCUACGAGGAGUUUGUUGAGGGGACCGGGAGCUUGGAAGAAGACACCUCCCUCCCCAAGGGCUUGAAGAACUGGAAUCUCGAGCAGGAGGAGGAGAGAGCCGAGGAGAAGGCCUCUUAGGGAAAGCAGGGCCAGCCUGAAAAGAAACGCAUGGCACAUUGUCCAUUGGUCAAGCACCAAGGCCUGUUUCUUUGGCUGGGGGCAGCAUUGCCGAGAGACCAGCUGAGCCUCACUUUGCCAUGGAAUCAUGGAACACUGUCAGGCUCCCCUUCCACCAAAGGACCAGCAACAAUGUUCAAGGACCACUGUCUGCAGCAAGCAACCUUCUUCAGUUCUCCCCCUCCAACGAAGGACAUGAACUGGGAUGGUUGCUUGGAGCAGAGAAAAGCAGGUGCCCUCUCCUGAGCUGAUCACAAACAGCCUCUGUGCCUCCAGUAAACUCAUCGACCAUCUGACACACACAGACCCAGCGGUCUGGGAAGGUAAAAACAGGCGAGGAGUAUCCUUUCCAGGAGACCGCUCUUCUCAAGGGACCAAGGGCUGCCUUAUUAUGCUCAGUGCCUUCACUCCAGCUUCCCCCCUGCUUUCCCUUCCCUUCCCCUCCCCUGCCAGCCUGCCUUGCAAAUGGGCAAGAGUGAACAGCAGAAGGCCAUGCAGAAGAAUUUCUGUGAACCUUGAGAACCCCGUGGACUUAUCUAAGGGUGGAAGUGACCUCAGGGAGGCCUCUUUGCAGGAGAGCGAGGGGUUGAAAAUGGGAAGGGCCUGUGAGGAACAAACCCCAUUGAGCAGGGACUGAAUAAGAACAUGGUGCUAGUUUAAAUGGUGCUACUUGAAUCCUUAGUUUCUAGCUCUGUUGGGCAGGAGCCCCAAGCAAAUCCAGUAGGGCCACUCCAGACUAUGGCUGUCCUGUGUGCAACAUCAACUGCUUUCCCGUUGUCUGCGGAGCAACCUCCUUCCUUUACACAGUGCCUGAUAUUUCUCACCACCAAAUGCCUUCCCUGCAGAGGCGGCUUUGUCUUGAGGGCAGCAGUGCAGGAACUCCCUCCUGGUUGUUUAGGCAGUUUAUACUUCAGUCUCACCCGAGUCCCUGCAAAGGAGCAGCUCAGGGCACCUUUGGGCCCUUUACUUCCUGCUGCUUUUGCCUUGGAAAUGUCACCUAUGGUGGGCAACCAGUGGACUUCCAUGCAAGACAUCUUAAUGGCUUCGGGGCUCUAUCUCCUAGAUCAGUGUUGGAGCAGUCAGGGCAGGAGGAUAUGCAGCCCAACUCACCCCACCACCACUUCCAGCACUCCUUUCUUGGCACCUUGUGCUCAUUUGCCAAAAAGCUUAGAAUUCGUACCUGUGAGGGUUUUGAUGUGGGUGUGUUGUGCCAACUCUAUUGUAGCCGCUGCCUUUGGAACCACUUCAUCCAGCCUUCCGCCAGAUGCCAAAUCAACCUGGCAUUUGCCCAUGUAUUGCCCACUGGGCAGAAGUCAUCCAGAACCCCCUGCCCCACAUUGGCAAAGCCUCCCAUGUAAAACCUGUGUGUCAGCCUUGCUCUUCCGUCUCCACUCCACCCCCACUGCUAGCUGCUUCUGCUGUUUACUCACUUGAAUGCUGGCCAUUCCAAAGCAUUUGACCAACCGGCUUCUGAAAAAGUGACUCAGCAGAAACAACGCUGACUAGCUCAGCAAAACUGCUGGCUUUACUGAAAGUCAUAUUUGCUAUAAUCAAAGACCAAAAUAAGUUUGGGCACCACCUUCUUCCAGGAGUCUUCUGCAUGAUGAGUUGCUUUUUUCUUUCCCUGUCCUUGAGAACCUUUGCAGGGAGUUGCAUUUUCACAUGGAAGGUGCCCCACAUCUACCAUAUAGGUAUAGGUCAGACUUAUGUGUCCUUCUUGCCCAGUAAUGCUGCAUACCCCAGCCUUUCCCACCAGGGGUCCUCCAGAUGUUUCAGAACAGGGGCUGAUGGGAGCUGUAGUAAUUGUAAUGGUUUUGUCUGUUUUUAUAGUCUUUUCUGUUGUUAAAACCUGACCUGGGACCUUAGGGUUGAACCAGCGGGCCACAAAUCUUAUAAAUAAAACAGCUCAGAGCAUCUGAAGAGGACCAGGUUGGGGAAGGCCAGCCUGCCCUGACUGUUGCAACUCUCCAGGGCCUUGAGCAGAGGUCAUAUGGAUUGUGGGCACCUCUGAGACGCCUCUUGGCUUGCACUCACUUCAGUAGGUUUCCCCUUCUCUCCUCUUCAGCUUUUUGCGCACAUCCCAUAAAUUUAGCCCUGUAUAGAAGGAGAGACAGUGUGCUGCUGAAGUGUGUGCAAGCGUAACCUAAUUUAAAAAUGAAACACUCAAGCGCUAGCCAGCCCCCAAAAGACAGCCAGGUUUCUAAAGAAGAGGAAAACCUGUAUCUUUUGUAAACAAAGGCAGAUGUGCAAACCUUGGUAAGCAGAUCUGCAGGGAGGGCAACAAGGAGCAAUAGAUUAAGUACCAAGAACAUUACAGAUAGCAGUGGUGUGAUGUGUUAGUGUGGACACUACUGAAUAUAUAUCUCAGGUAAAAUGGGAGGUAUAUGGAGGCUGAAGGAGGUGUGUAGGAUUAGCAGGUUGUGACAAAGCCACUGAUGAGGGGGAACAAAUCAGGUUGGGCACAAGUCAUUCCCAGUUGAGCCUCAGUGUUAUCAGUAGGGAGCAAGAAAACACAGUUUGCAAAAAGCAGAUUUUGUGGGCUCUGCAGCUGCUGGCUGGAAACUUACAGCACCCCCCCCCACACACACACACCUCACUUCCGUUGUGCUGUGGAUUCUGACUUCAGCAGCCUUUCCUUCCAUGCAAGGACUAGGGAAGGAAUCGAUUGGACUUGGGAAUGCAAGUGUAUUUAUUUGAUAAACAGCCUGUUUUCUUCUG